AUGAGCUUGCGAUUCCUUCUUGACCCAGGUUGUUCAACUUGUAUAAAUACAGGGCUUAUCUUCACUCUUUCUUACAUCGCAAACUUAACUUCUCUACUUUCUAGCUUGAGAAAGAUCUUAGAGAAUUUGUACUGCUUGUCGAAAAGAGGAGUUACCGUGCAUCCCAAGUACCAGCUGGGUGGGACUAGGCUAGUUGUCGUCAUCACUAGCAGUCGAAGACGGUUGGAACGGCAGUGGCUGCUAGUGGUUGCUAAGCGAGGAUUGGGAGGAAGUUGA